AUGGCCGUGACUGCGGGGAUCCUUGCUGUCUGUCUCGCUGGAGGAUGGGGAGAAAGGCAGAGUCACAGCGCGCCUGGAGUCCUCAGGAUUGUCAGCCUUGUCCCAUCUUCCAAGGACAGUCCAUCCACUGCGGAGAAGUCAUGCAGCUGGCCCCCUUGCCGACAGCGCCCGCAGCUGCGGGAGAAGGAUUACUCCUACUGCUCGUACAUGCGUGGUGACUAUGCAGGUAUCUCCAUUGCCAUGGUCGAUGGCCAGUCUCAUACCCCCGGGAGUACACCUGCCGUCUUUGUCUCGGAUCCGCCACCAGCCAGGCAUCUCUUCCGCUGCUCCAUGCUUAAGAGGCUGACAUGUCUGCCUGUGCGGGAGAAGUGCUUGAUAAUUCCGAGGGUAUUCGGCUUCUUCGGCCAUGACUCCCUCGGCGAUGCAGAUCUGCUGUCACCGUGACACUCGAGCUGUCAGAAUGACGCGGCUCGG